GAAGACAGUUUGGGGGGUCGGGUGAAAGUAGUGGAUGCUCGACAUGCUGUAAGAUUUGAUAAAACUGUACAACCGUUUGUAGUGAAGCCACUACGUCUAGGUGAAUUCUUCAACAGUCUUAUUUCACCUGAAAAAGGCUCUAAGGUGAUCUGUGGGCACGCUCUUAAUGUUGGUACCUCCUUGACUUUUGUUGGUGAGGCUGUUAGAGACAAAGCUGGUAAUCUCAUGAUUCAAAAAUCCGAGGAACAGCGUUUAAUGGUCUUCAGUGAAGAGGGAUCCUUUGAUAAAAUGGUUGCAAACAUGAAGUCAGAUUCAGAGUUUUAUAUUUUCUACUCGAAGAUCUUUGGAACUAUUGCUGUGGCUAUAGUGGUCAUGUAUGGUGUGGAUUUUGUGAGAAAGGUUGUGUUACCAUACGUGCGGAAGAAGAGAGCAGAGAAUGCUGAAUCCGAUAGCGAAGAUGAUUUAUAGGCCUCUCUCUCUCUCUCUCUGGCUAAUAAAAAGUCUCAGGGAGAAGAAUCAGACAACUAUAAUUGAUUUCGCAAGACACUUCUAAUCUAUGUUCAGGCAAAUCUUAACGUGUAUUAAGAUCUAAUCAUGUCUACAAUUAUUCGUUCUGAAAUUAUUCAGGUAAUGAGCUCUCUCAAAGAAAGUUCUUACUAGGCUUGCCUAGUUUCGCCUACUCUUUAGUCAACUAGUUAAA